CUGUGAGCUGUCUGUUGAGUGUUGACACUUGGCGGUUCAGCAUUCACUGUUGAGUGUUGUUGCCACUCGACUGUAAGGGCGAAUCGCGUAUAAACAAAUGGAAUUGAAAAUUUUGCAAUAAAUGUAUUACACGCUACAAAAUUUUGUCAAAUUUGAAUAAAUUAUUGUUUUGAUAUAUCUUGCUUUUAUAGAGGGGAUUACAAAGCGACACCAAAAUGUGAGGUUUUGAGACAUUCCAGUUUCGAAAUAUUUUCAAUAUUUACAAAAGAUGUUUGUACAGCUGUUUACAGUUAUUACAUUCCAAAUUACAGUUGUAAACGAAGAGACACGAUAAUUUUAUAAGAUUGAACAGCGUAUCGACACAAAAUGCGUUUCAAUUUACGUAAAAUUAUUGUAUUUUGCACCGCAGUGUUAACUUUGUGGUUUGUGUUAAUGUAUUCGUCAUUAUUUGUUUCACCACAACCAAACCGUCAGAAUAAUGUAUUAGAAUUAGAGAAAAGAAUAGAAGGAAUCAGAAACCAACUAGAUGAUCAAGUGAAACAAAGUAAUUCUCUUCUAAGUAAGGUACAGAAGCAAUUAAAGAAAACUAAACAUGACAAGACUGUUCAAAAGACCCAAGAUGCUUACGAUGAUCAGAAUUCAGUGAGUCGUCCCAUACUGCCAGUUUUAGUGAUAGCCUGCGAUAGGAUAACUAUUAAGAGAUGUUUAGACAAUUUAGUUAAGUUUAGACCGGAUAAGGAAACAUUUCCUAUUAUUAUAAGUCAAGAUUGUGGUCACAAUGCGACCUACCAAGUGAUAAAGACGUUCACAGACGCGGAUCCUACGAUAAACGUGGUGAAGCAGCCGGAUCUGUCUGACAUACCCUUAUCAAAGCCCAAGGUUAAGUUCAAAGGGUACUACAAGAUCGCGCGUCACUACCGGUUCGCGCUCAACUACGUGUUCAACACUCUUGGCCACGAAGCUGUGAUAAUAGUUGAAGAUGAUUUAGAUGUAUCGGCGGAUUUUUACGAAUACUUCCUUGGUACCUACCCGCUACUACUAAAAGACCCUAGCAUAUGGUGUAUAUCGGCUUGGAACGACAACGGUAAGAAUGGUCUAAUAGAUCUAUCCCGGCCGGAACUACUGCACAGAACUGAUUUCUUCCCGGGCCUUGGCUGGACUUUGAGGAGGGAAACUUGGCUCGACUUGGAACCCCACUGGCCUGAGGCAUUUUUUGAUGACUGGCUUCGUGAUCCUGUCAACACGAAUGGACGAGCGUGUAUCAGGCCGGAGAUAUCAAGAACAUACUCUUUUGGCAAGGUCGGCGUCAGUAAAGGACUUUUCUUCGACUUGCACCUGAGAUACAUGCAGCUCAAUGUGGAGUUUGUUGAAUUCACGAAGCUCAACUUGAGUUACCUGUUAAAAGAGGUGUACGAUGACGCCCUAACUUCGGAAGUAUAUUCUCUGCCAGAGCUAUCGGCUGAAGAUGUGAUGUCCAACAUUGGCUCUGGACCCGUGAGGGUGCCCUACUCCAAUGCUAAGAGCUAUCAGCGCGCAGCUAAGAAACUUGGGCUCAUGGACGAUUUUAGAAGUGGAAUUCCUCGUACGGCGUAUCGUGGUAUUGUUUCCUGUUUCAUAAAAGGCCGCAGCGUUUAUCUGGCGCCUAACUACGAAUGGACCAAAUAUGACCCCAACUGGGGCUAAAUAACCACUGUUCAAAUAUUAGUGUGAAAAAUAAAAUAAAUUCUUGCAAUGUCGUUCUAUACAUAUAAACGAAUCACGUCGUAUAAAAACAAAGCCGAAAUAUGGCACAUGCCACAAAUUACACCAUAAUUAAUUUUCACUGCAAUAUACAUGUAUAUGUCGUAGGGAAAUGACAAUAACAGAGAUUUGGUCAAUUCCCUAAGUGAUUUGAUCAAAUCACGGAGUAUGUUUAAAAAACAACACGAUUUUAUCAUUUUUCUAAGCAAAUCUAGUGUUUGGUUGACGUGACUAGAAGAACUUAGGAUGUAAAAGCGAGCUUCAGACUUGAGUCAUACCCGAACCCGGACAGAUUAGGAAGAAUGGGAUGGAUUCGUGUUUUUUUUUAAUAAUAAUAUUUUCUACUUGGCCUUUAGAGAAUUUUUUAUCUUUUUUGAGGUAAGGUUACAUUAAUUUGAUUUUCAAGGGAAUGGUGCGUUACCCUUUCAUGGGAGUGGGUGAGUGAGCCAGGGGACAGAGGACAUCUCAUUUUAACACCCUCUAUCAUAUAUGACCUACUGUUUUUAUCAUAUCCCUGCGACAUAUAUAAUAUACAUGCUAUACAUUGCCGCAUUCAUUUAUUUGAAGAGGGUAGCUAUUUGACUAGUCCUGGUGAGUCCUAGUAACACCGCGUCCAGAAUUGAACUAUUGUGUUCGCCACUCAUACUUAUAGCUCGUCGUCAAUCCCUGCCGCCUUUACAAACCGCAGUAUCUUGUUGACGGGAGUAUUACAAACAGCAUCUGUGAGCAAGGUGUGGUCACCAAGGAUGGUGUUACGCUUAUGUAUUAGUGGGCCGCAAUCGCAGGGAAGGUGAAGAGGCGUUCCAUCAGCCUCAAGGCAAAACUGCCACAUUUGCUCCAGUGGUUUAAAAUAUUCUUGGUCAAUAAGCAGCAAUGUAAAACAUUUAUUCGGUUCAGGUUUGAGUCGGACAGUGACAGAUGACUAUGGAGAAAAGUGUGCUUACAUUGUCUUUAAGCACACUUAUGUGUAUAGAACGUCAUUGUUAUCUCGUCAUUAAAUAAAUCCUUACACAGUGGUUGUAAUGGAAACCCUAAGGAAUUGCUCCCAGCAAUAUUUUUUUUCAUUUAAAUACUUUGGACACAGUGAUGUGGUCAUACAUCUUUGUUUCCUUAGAAAUAUUUUGAAGUCUGUUAGAAAGAUAUUGGCAAUAAAAACUCAAUGUGUAACUCGUUAAUUUUUCAAAUCAGAUGGUUGUUAAUGGCUGGUAUAUAGAUAUUUUUAUAUAAACAAAUUUAAGAUGUAUAUAUCAAAUAUUUUAAGACUGUGAUUGCAUUGUAUUAUAAAGCAAUUGUUGCGACAGAUAUUCUAAAUAUUUAAUAGGUGAUUGAUAUAAGAUAUUAUAUAAUUGUAUUUGAUUGUAUAACUCUGUUCAUACCAUUUUAUUGAACUAACGCGAAUAUUUUUUUUAAUUUAGAAUAUACAAAAAAACUAUAUUAAAUUAAACUAUUAACAAUCCGGGAAAAGCUUCCGUCAUCACGUCAUCCGAAAGAUGUCCACCGCUGGACAAAGGCCUCCCCCAAAGAUCUCCACGAUGAUCGGUCCUGCGCUGCUUUCAUCCAACCUAUUCCGACAAUCUUGACCAGAUCGUCGGUCCAUCUUGUUGGGGGCGUACCAACACUGCGUCUUCCAGUAGCUAAUCGAGGACUUUACUGUCCCAACGGCCAUGUUUAUCAGAAAUGUCCGUCGAGCUAUGUGCCCUGUCCACUGCCACUUCAGUUUCGCAACCAUCUAGACUAUGUCACUAUGUCGGUGACUUUGGUUCUCCUACGGAUAUCCUCAUUUCUGAUUGGAUCUCGCAGGGAAACUCCGAGCAUAGUCCUCUCCAUUGCCCUCUGACAAUGAGCUUUCCCACAAGACCCAAAGUUAGAUACCACACAUCAGUGGCAAUACACACUGGUUAAAAAAAGCUUAUUAAAAUUAAAUUAAUUUCUUAUUAUUUUUACUGAUAUAUAUACCGAUAUGGCGAUUUUGUGCUUACAACGUGACCCCGUACCAUUAACGCGGUGAUAAGCGACACCUGUCAUGCUAAUAACGAUAAUUUAGCGACAGUCGCUACCACGAGAAGCGUUAAUAAUAUUUCUCAACUCUCGGCGAACGGACUAUACUCGGUGGAAUUAUGUGAGUUUCUGCAUACAUACUAGGGCCUUACAUACGAGGGGCACACUGAAAUGAUUGGGAAUAAGAAAAACCACAUGCACGGUAUAGGUAGAUAGUAUUUUAUUAUUUUUUGAAGUAUUCUCCGUUCAACUUAAUGCACUUUUCCAUUCGUGCAAACCAAUCAUUAAAACAGUAAUUCCAGUCUGAAGUUGAUGUUGACAAAAUGGCUGAUUUAUACACUUCCACAGCUGCUUCGGGGUCUUCAAACCGUUGACCGCGUAAUAAAUCUUUCAUUUUAGCGAAUGUAAAGAAAUCGUUUGGGCUCAAGUCAGGACUGUACGGAGGAUGGCCCGUCAGCUCAACGUUUUCCUGCUUCAAGAAAUCAUAUGUAUUCCGAGCAGUAUGGGAGCUCGCAUUUUCGUGAUGUAACAUGAUGCGACGUUUUGGGUUAUUUUUUCGGAGUUCGGCUAUCAUUACUGGCAAACAAACCGUAACCGUAAACUCAGCGGUAACCGUUCUGCGAUCCUGUAAAGGAAUUGUAGCAGUAUGCCCCUUUAUCGAGGCAAACGUAGCGACUAUUUCCUUUGACACGCUGCGGGAGCGAACCACUUUCGUAGGUUAGACCUCGUCUUCGAAGACCCAAACUUCGUAAGUAAGUUUUACGUUCAAAAGUUCGUUUUGUUAUAUUUGACUUGCUCACAAAUUGCGUUUGCGAAUCGUUAGCUCAUGAAAAUGCCUCUUAGUAGUAGAGAUACGUGUCAAAGUGAUUUAGUGAAACUUAGCGGAAUUAAUACUAAAGAUCAGCAUCAUCAUUUAUGACAAUUAAAAUUAAAAUAAUUACAUGCGGGACUUUUGUGCCUGCCUUCGCCAAAAGCAACUCUUAAUUCUGUGCAACAGUUCCUGUCAGAUCAGUCAGAAUCAAAUGUGAUAAAUAUUUCUAUCUUAGAUAAUUUAUACGUCUAGAUAGAGCAACCAAUGAAAACAGGCCAGGUUUAUUUUUUUAUUACUUUAGUGUGUGAGUGUGCGUGCUAUUGUUCAAAAUAGACGUCAACUGUCAACCUCAUUUUUUUUCCACGUUUUCACAGCUGUCAAAGUCUAUCUAGACGUUUUAAUGAUCUUAGAUUUCUAUUCUAAGUUUUGUAAUCAUGUUUUAAUGGAAUUACUUUUAUUAUAUAAUUUGUUUUAAAAUAUUAAAUUUAUAACAACGCUAGAUGAGCAGAGAAAGUAACUAAAGGAUUUGUAAAAAUGGCAGAUUUUAGUUUUAAAUAUAUUUUUAAGGUACCAUGCGAUGACUCCAUAUAAUGCGAAAUUUGUUUUUGAAUCUACCCUCAUUUUUUUUAUAUGAGAGGGGGCAAACGGGCAAGAGGCCCACGGGAUGGGGAGAGGGUGAGGCAGCCGUCCAUGGACAUCCGCAACAACAGAUGUGUCAAGAAAUGCGUUGCCGGCCUUUAAGGUGGGAGUAUGCUUUUUUCUUGAAGGUCCCUAAGUCGUAUCUGUUCGGGAAGACCGCUGCCGGUAGUUGAUUCCACAAAGUGGCUGUGCGAGGCAAGAAAUUUCGAAGAAAACGCGCGGUUGUGGAAUGCCAGACGUCUACGUGAUGCGGAUGGUACUUUGCACGUAAUGUCCGAUGGUGGAAUUCGGCCGCUGGAAUCAACCCGAACAGCUCCUCUGAGCACUCCCCGUGAUAAAUGCGGUAGAAGAUGCAGAGAGAACCCACAUCUCUACGCAAUGCUAGAGAAUCAAGCCGAUCGGAGAUGACUUGAUCGUCGAUGAUUCGAGCCGCUCUUCGUUGUAUGCGGUCAAAUGGAAGAAGCUGGUACUGGGGAGCACCCGCCCAGAGGUGAGAACAGUACUCCAUGCGAGGCCGAAUUUGCGCCUUAUAAAGUUGCAGGCGGUGGCUUUUAGUGAAGUACUGUCUCGCCUUACUGAGUACACCAAGCUUUUUAGAGGCCAGUUUGGUCUUCUCUUCCAAGUGACCACGGAACUGAACGUCGCUCGAUAUAUCGACGCCAAGUAUGCCAAUACAGGCUGUGGCAGUUAGAGGAGUGAUCUCGAAUCGAGGGGAUACGACAAAGGGAGACUUUUUAGUGGUGAACGCACAAACUUGUGUCUUCUUGGGGUUGAAUUGGACUAAAUUUUGUCGGCCCCAUUCCGAGACUUUGCAAAGCAUAGUCUCGAUUUCAGACACAAGUUUGAUCCGGUUCUCGUCGACGCUAUCCCGGGACAUGUUGGCACGGCCGGUGUAGGAAGCAUACCCCGUGCUGUCGUCCGCAUAGCAAUUAAUAUUGCUGAUUUGCAGCAUGUCAUUGAUAUGCAGAAGAAACAGCGUAGGGGAUAGCACACAGCCUUGCGGGACACCAGAGUUUAUGGGUUUUAAGUCGGAGCAUGCACCGUUGAUAACAACCUUGAUGCUCCGAUCAGCCAAAAAGCUAGUGACCCAUUUGCACAACUUCUCGGGAAGCCCAUAGGAUGGCAGUUUCGCUAUAAGCGCUUUAUGCCACACCCGAUCAAAGGCCUUCGCUAUGUCCAAACUCACCGUCAAAUCCUCUCCCUUCGACUCAACCGCUUGGGCCCAUUUAUGGGUGAGGUACGCAAGAAGAUCACCAGCUGAGCGACCCUGACGGAAACCGUACUGGCAGUCGCUGAUCAGCUGGUGCCCCUCUAGGUAUCCCAAGAGCUGGCGGUUGAUGAUCGAUUCCAUUACUUUGGAGGAAAUGGAGGUAAUGGCAAUGGGGCGGUAGUUGGACGGAUCUCAGCGUACACCUUUCUUAGGGAUCGGGUGCACUAAAGCCGCUUUCCAUAAUUUCGGGACUACGCCUGAUGAGUAUGAGAGCCGGAAAAGACGGGUAAGGACCGGCGCCAGUUCCGGAGCACAUGUCCGCAGCACUAUCGGGGGAAUGCCAUCGGGCCCGCUCGAUUUGUGAAUGUCCAAGGUGAGAAGCGCCUUAAGCACGGCACCAUGCCGGAUUUUUACCUCCGGCAUAUAAGAAUCGCACUGCGGAAUAUGCGGUGGUGGUGCACUUGGUCAUCCAGAGUCGAGUUGGACGCGAAGAGGGAGCCCAGGAGAUUAGCUUUCUCUUUCGCGUCAUGGGCCAGCGAGUCAUCAUCCCUGUGCAGUGGCGGAAUGGCUAGCUGGCAGAAGUUUCCUUGGACAGCCUUGGCGAGCGACCAGAACGCACGAGUUCCCGAGGGAAGGCGUGCAAGUCUCUCGCCAAUUCUGCCAAUGUGCUUCGACUUCGCGUCAGCAAUAACUCUUUUGAAGGACCUGGAGGCAUGAUUGAAGUGUUUUUUAAGUUCGCUGGAAUUCACAUCCUUAGUUACCACCGCAUUGACCCAAGCCUGAUAGCACUCCUGCUUUCGGCGGGAGGCCAUUUUGCAGGAGCGGUCAAACCAUGGUUGGGACCUGCCACCGAUAGGCACAGAGGAGGAUGGAAUGAAGAGUUUCAUACCUUGCAGUACCACAUCAGCAACAGUGUCAGCUGCGGCAUCUGGAUCUCCCAGCGAAAAGCAGAUCUGCCUCCACGGGUAGGAUGCAAAAAAGCACCGCAUCUCGUCCCACUCUGCUGACCUACAGUGCAACACGCGGCGACAGCCUAAGAACCGGGGCCGUGAUUGGCGCGUGAUCAGCACGGUGCUCCGGAUCCGGCAGUGGUCCGACGAUCCCAGAGGAGGGUCAACGGAAACUAGGUAGCCGUCCGGAUGUGAGGUCAACAGAAGGUCCAACAGUGAAGGUGUAUGACACUGUUGAUGUAUGACUGAUGAUGUGCUUGCACAUCUGGGAUUCGCGUUGGCGCAAUAACCAGUUGCGUCAGACCAUAUGCUAAGGCGAAGUCGUGAACAGAUCUCCCUGCAUGAUCGGUGGUACGUGAGCCUAGCCAUUCGGCGUGGUGGGCGUUAAAAUCGCCAAGAAACACGAUCUCUGCAGUGGGGAUCUGCUCCAACACGGAAUCUGUAGCCAUUUGGAUGUGUUCGAGGAGCCGGUCAGUCUCUGCGUUACCGCUAUGGGACCUAUACAGGCAUGCGUAGAUUCGCGGAUGGUCAUCGCAGUCUAGACGCAGCCAGAUGAUGGAUAGGUCCUGUCCUUCAAGAAAACUCAGGCGUCGAGAACAGACAUCCACCCUGACGUAAAUGCACACGCCAGCCCGUGGUAUAAAGGAGUGUUCCAAAUUAUACCCCGGGUAGGAAAGGUAAGAUGAAUCAGCCAGGGAGGAUAUCUGUGUCUCGGUUAAAAAGAGCAGGGCCGGCUUCGCCGUCUCGAGGUGAAAGUGGACGGCAUUUAAAUUUGAGCGAAGCCCCCUGAUGUUGCAAAAGUCCACAGCGAGUGUGGAGGAGGGUGGUUUGAGCCUCCUGCUCUGUUUGCCCCGAGUCAGCGCAGAUUUGACCCCUCCAGAAUACGCGGGGCAGCCUGGGCAACCACUGUUAGGUACAGGCCCUAAUUGUGGACGCCCAGGGAUGGAUUCUCCAGGGCUGCAUAGCCUGGUACCGUCCUGGAGUAGUCUCGUUUUAGUCUGUGCUGCCAUUUGUAUUUGGGAGGGGGGGUGUAGGCCUCCGGAUACCCCACUCACCGGACGAAACACAGCGGCAUAGCCGCUAUUUCACGCCAGUUUCGAGUGGGGGAGUGGUAUUUCUCCGGGCGUGCCAGCCCAAUUCGGUUGUGUCCGUGAGGACCCAACAUGGCACUACCACUCUUAUUUUAUUAUUUAGUACAAAUCACGACACUAUUUGCCCUAGAAAAAUAUUUUUACUAUUAUACAUGAUUUGUAAUGUAUUGAUAAUUUAGUAUGUACUUAAAUAUUGUAUUAUAAUGCCAUUCUUAGAUAUGUAUAGCCAAAUGUAAAUAAAUAUAUUAAAGUUUUAAUAAAACCAAAGGAUUUUG